GUUUCAGCUGGAGGUAACAUUGGAUCGGGAAGUAUGAUUGUUCCUUCAACUUACUCUAGUGGUACUCCAACUGCCUCAGCGGGUAUGGUUCAGUCAGUUAUGCCACCAGGAACCUAUGUCAAUAGAAUGAGGCCCCGGGUCCCAAGCAGUGCUCUUCCCCCAAGGCCACGUCAGCGAUCAAACUCUCUCGUACUUCAAACAGAACCAGGGAUAACACAGAGAGGAGUGGAGUCUGGGUCAGUCAGUGGAGGCAGCAGUCUAACCUCCAGCAGCCACAUCAGCACCAUGGCCUCCUACUCAGGCGGCCCCCCAAGUAUAGUGGGUCAGGCUGCCUCUCAGCACAGCCUACAGCCCACACAUCUUAUGACUCACCAGACUAUACAGGUGCGACCUGGCACUCCUGUUACACCAGGCAAGACAGCCAUACAGAUACGCCAGGAAGGCACAGCAGGAGCAAAAAUCAUCACACACACUGUAGCAGGCAGCAGUAGUACCAUGGGGGUUCCCAGUGGCAAUUCAAGCACAGGAGGAGGAAGCAGUAGUGCAGGAAUUGGUCCCAGUGCCCCUAAUAGAUUAGUGGGUAGAACACCAAUCUUACCACCUAGUUCCCCUCAAGGCUCAGGUGGGCCCCUCUAUGUUGUCACAACCAACUCAGGAACAAUUACGGUUGUCACUCGGACAGUUGCCGCAGGACAGGGCACAGGACCUCGGGUGGUCACAGUAAAUACCAUCAAUGCACCAAAGUCUUCAGUUAGUGGAGUUCGUACAGCAUCUCCAGCAACUGUUGUAUCUGUGGGGCCUAAAACUGUGCAGACAGUUAGAGUAACUCCUCAAGGCCCAGCUGGACUCAGGCCUGUUCUUGGCGGCACAAAAUCCAAUGUUAUUGUUGUUCACAAAGGAGCCCCUCCUCCAGGAACACGCCCAGUGGGUAUUCAGGGUAUUAGGGACGUUCCUACAAAGAUUACUAUUGGGAAGGGCCUUAGCAGCAGUGGCAGCACGACUGUCCUGCAGAAGCCAGCUGGCCCACGGGGAACUGUGACAGCUUCCAGUGUGACCCCCAGCAGCAGUACCCCAACGUCCCAGGGCAAUGUCAUCGUGGUAGAUCUGAGUCCGGAGGGCAGCACUGUUAGCAACAACAAUGCCCUGGCAGAUAUCCUACAGGCAACAGUGUCAGCCGAUGGAGCACCAUCUGUAAGAGCCUCAGGAAAUAAUGCCACCAGUCAUAAUACAGUCACUAAUACGGUGACGCCUACGAGCAGUCUGUCUGUGAGCACCCUGCCUAAUGCUGUCACCUCCUCAGCGAGUGCUGUCAUUACCACAGCUUCUAGAAGGAGACGGAGAGUGGCUGAACUUGGGUCUAAGUAGUGAAGAUUCCCCUGGACACAGUCUGCCUGAGGGACAAAUGCAAAUGUUGGAGGAGGCAGUAGAAAUCCUAGGCCGAGGUGACAAGGAAUCAGCAAGGAACCUCCUACGACAAGCAGGAAUAGAACUGCUGGACUCUCCCGGAGACUUGGGAGAACAAGGAGGGGAGGCAACGUCCAUGGCAAGCCUGAUGGCAGGCCUAGCCAGCCAGCUGCCGGGAAGCCAUCUGGAUGAGGGCCCCAUGCCACCUGUCGGAGAGCUUGACCCUGCAACUGGUCUUUUUUACAACCCCUCAAGCACGGAGAGCUCUUCUGACACCAACAGCAAUUCAGCGUCAGAAGAUCUGGAGACAACGGAAGAAAGAGAAUCUCAGGAGUAGUGGCACUUCCUUGCCAGCUCUGAAAAAGGCGAAAGAUAUCGAUAGUAGCUAUAUUUUAUAAAUGUCCUUUUCUGGUAGAUGAAAGUAUUCAGCAAUAUAGAUUAUAUUUCAGCAGUUUCUAUAUCUUCACGUUUUGUGUAUAUACUACCAUAAGCUCUUUGCCAUCUUGUAUCUAUUUAUGUUUGACUUCCCUUUUGUUGUAAAAGAAAAUUUAUAUGAAAGGUCUAUGCUCACACAAGGUCACAUGUGAA